GUAAAAGUCAAGACGCAGCUCACCCACAGAUUACAUAGAUUAAGUCGCAGUCUCCGUUUAGUUUGCUGUUUGGUGUGUCAUGUUUGUGUUUGUUUUGUUUACGUUCUAAUAAUUUGCUUAUUUGGUAAAACUAAGUUACUUACAUUAUCUAAAAACAUAACAUUAAACAAUUUGAAUUUGUAUCACUGUGUUGUGCUAAUGUGCAAUUGAUAUUUUUUACUCAAAAUUGGCAAAAAUAACGGCUGAAUCAUCUAGUUAAUUGUUGUUGUUGUUUUUUUACAAUCGACUCAGUUUUGUUUGUUUUACUUGACAAAAUUACAACUUAAGAUCCCAGCAACGCUCCGAACAAUGAUCCCAGCGAUAGCGGCACGAUCGCGAUUGGCCUAUAAUCGGCGGUGAUGGAUAACCAUCGCAGCUGAUUGGUGAAGAUUGCCGUCCGGCGCUGCUAUUGGACGAAUAUGUCGGGGCUUCCGUCCAGCAACGAAGAGGCCAUCAACGGUGUCGACGUUCGGGAGCAAGGCAGCGCUUUAAGGGUGGCAACCAACACUCCACAUCUGGUGAGCCUGGGCACGGGCCGACUGAGCACCGCCGUCACGCUACACCCCAUCAAGCAAGGUCGAGUAACAAUAGGCUCAGAUCCGACAUGCGACAUCUACGUGGUGGGUACCGGCGUGGCAAGCGUCCACUGCCGCGUGGAGAACUCCCACGGAGUGGUCACGCUGUACCCCACCAGUGGGAGCACGCUGCUUGACGGGUUGCCAGUGGAUAAGCCUACCAGGUUGUCGCAAGGCAGCAUGCUAACCAUAGGCCGAUCCAACUAUCUCCGCUUCAACCACCCCGAGGAGGCCAAGCUCAUGAAGUCUGUCCUACCGUCGGCUCACGUUUCCAUGGCUCCCGUGCAAUUCCAACCGAACGAACAAUGUCUUACUACAGCUUACAUGAACCACCAUACGGACCCAAACAACCAAUGUUACCAACACACCAACAUACAAAACGUGUACAGAGACACCUCACUAACGCAACUAGAUCAAGAACUAGACAUGACACUCAGAGAAAUGACAAAGAAGAAUAAAAAACCACCAGUUGCGCCCAGAAAACCGUACAGAGACUUAGACCAAUCCGAUUCUAAUUCAGACCAAGAAACAAGGCCUAAAGUGUCAAGUAUAAUGGCUAAAGUGUCCAAGUUCGAAUACUACGCGAAACAACAGAAAUGCAUAGGCCGAAGUCAAUUCUAUACGAGCAGUGAAAACGAGAUAUCACCAAAAGUCUUUAGCGCUAACUCCGUUACAGUCAACACUCCAGCUAAAGACGUCCUCGGUGGUAAAACUAUGCCAAACUACAUUAACAAAGUGAAACAGGAGCAAAAAGUAGUUAUGCUGAACGAAAACAACGCUUUAGACCCGAAGAAGUGCUCGUAUGCAAAUGUCGCCAUUAAGAACAAGACCAAAAUUGAUGAUAUCGUUAGAAAUUUCGAUGACAGCACUAGGAACGAAUAUAGAUUGCCCAAGAAAGUGAACAAUGAUCAAGUGAACAGUGAUAACUUAUACGGUAGAAUCAACGUGAAACAAGAACGUGACAAGUAUAAUAUUGAUCAGUGUAAGAAUAACGUUGAACAGUGUAAAAAUAAUGUUGAGCAGUGUAAGAAUAAUGUUGGACAGUGUAAGAAUAAUGUUGAAAAUUACAAGAAUAAUGUUGAGAAUUGUAGAGAAGGCGACGGCUAUGGAAGGAUAGGGGGUGGGGAUAGAAACGUUAACUCCGGUAACAAAGCGUUAUCUUUACCCUCGCCUGCCUUCGAUAGAAACCCGCAAUAUUCACCGGUGUAUGCCAACUUUCAAUACGACAGGAGUUUUGAGGCUGAACACAUGAGAAAGAAGGCCUACCAAGAUAGGAUAAAAGAGGAAGAACAGAAGGAGGCAGAAACGGCACGCCUCGAGGAAAUCCUCAACAUGUGCGCGGAAUAUGAAAGGCAAAUCACUUCAGGCAUCCCGAUCACGCCCACAGAGAAGCGGUCCCACAACAAGAUCAUAACGAACGGUUCGUUGCCACGCAGCGUCGCCAUGAACAACCCGAACUUCGUGCAGACCAGCGACGGGUAUUACAAAUUCGAUACUAGUCACAACCGCAGUAAUUCCCUGAGCAAAUCUCUGCCUAUACAAAGGAAUCUCUCUAGUUACGAAAACUUUGACACACCACAAACGGAAGCUUCAACUCCCGAAGUGACAAUACCGAACCAGAAUUACCAAAACGUCGGCAGAAUGGACGAAAUCGGCAUUCCAGUAUUCGAAGAUGAAUUAUCUAGUCCUAUCCUCAUCAGAAAGUUUAACCAAAGUGAUAAACCGAGCCUUUCUUCCCCCAUAGGAAGCCCAUACGAAAACGUGUACUACAGAAAUAACUACAGCAACUUCAAACCCAAAUCCCCUAACACCCAAAGUCCUAGAACUCGAAUAAAAACAACUUUCGCCCACAAAAACUUGCCAUCUCCCCAAUAUUUCAUAUUUCCCACACCCCCGCCUAAAGAUGACACUAAAUCCCCCCCGCCUAAAGAUGACUUCACCCAAAACAGUUCGCCCGUUAAUGUAGAAAAUAGUCCAAUCAACGCUAAGUUAGAGUCUCCUCAUUCUCCUAAAGAUAUUAAACCGGUGAGUCCUAAGAAAGAAGGAAUAGAGAAACAGUUAAGUCUAGAAGAAGAAAUACCUAUGAUUGACGAUGCAGAUUUGACUAAUGAUAUCGAAUUCCGAUAUUCAAAAAUCGUUACGGAAAAGGGUGAAGAUCAGAAAAAUGAUUCUCCAAAGGAACCUGAAAGCGUGGACCAGAUUUUGACAAAGAAUUUGAGUUUUGACGAUGUAAAGAAAGAGUUGAUGGCUGAUAUUCCGGAAUUGGAGGAAUUCGAAAAGGAUUUGAAGCAAAACAAGCAGGACAAACUUAUAAAACACAUCACGGAGACUGUAAGAAAGGUUGAUGUAGAAGCGGAUUCCAUAGACAGCGCAGUCAUAGACGACAACGUGGACGAAUUGAAGACCAAAUACGACACUUUGAAGGACGAGCGCAAGAAACUAGUGUCCCAGAUUCACGAAAUCAAGUGUAAGAUGACGGAGAUAAGGUCACAGGAGGACGAUAUACUGAGAGAGCUUGAAAUGGAGAAAGCUCUUAUAAAGGGUGAAUACGACUCAGAAAUAGCGAUACUGAACAUAGAACAGAAGAAGAAACUAGAAUUAGCGGACAAAGCGAAAAAGAUAGAAGAAGAAAUAAAGCAACUGAAGGAGAAACAGGAAGCAAGACAAAACGAGAUGCGAGAUCGGGUCGAAGUCGCCACUAUGAAAGUUGAAAGGUUGGAGAAAGACUUUAAGGAAAAUACGACGACAUUGGAAGAACUUCAGAACGCUCAAGAUAUUUUGGACAAUGAAACGAAAAUAUUUGAGGAUUUGGAGUUUCAACAUUUGGAAGAGGAGUCUGAAUUAUUGGCCAACAGAGAAGACUUGCAAAACGAAAUAGUAUUACUAACCAAAAAGAUUGAGGCGCAGAAAUCUCGAAUACUAAAUCUCAAAUCCGAAGCGAACAGUAACCUCACGUCUGCAUUAGACGAAACCAAAGUGCUAAGGGCCGAGUACUUAAAACUAUUGAACAACGUAGAAGAGUUGACUGGUAAAGUGCAAACCUUGGAGAAAGAAUUGAAACCGAUUGUGAGCAAACUCAACGACAUCGAUCGAACACAAUCCCCUGAUAGCGCCUUCUACACAGAUCAGACAAGAGCAAAAUCCGGGGAAUUCGGAUAUUCCCCCCAAAGCUCUGACAGUGACGAUUUGGACCUAACCAGAAUAUCCGAAGAUCACACCAAACAGCUUAAGGACAAAUUCAAUUCGAUCGAUCAGAUGUCCCAAUCGAUGUUCGUCGAAAUCGAGAGACGAGUUAUUGGUGAUAUCGCCGAGCCGAUCGACCACGAGAAUCGAUACAGCGAGAGUCCGUCUAAGACCUCUACUUCUUCUAAAGAGAAGAAAGGAUUUUGGGAAAGGAACUUCGAUUCGCUCAAACGAAAGAAUAAAAAACAGAAAUCACCCGAAAAGGUCGACAUCAUGUCGCAGAGUUUGAACGAGAACAUUUUGUUCAAUGAAAAUAUAGAAAACGAAUUUGAUAAAUUCAACAGCUUGAGACAUUCCAAGAAGAAGGAGAAGAAGGAAAAUGGCCCUGUUAAAAGUAAUUCUUCGUCUAAAAUACCGACUUUCGCUGCCUUAGGAAAAAUAAUAAAAAAGGAUUCCUUCGGCAAAAAGUCUAAAGAGAAUUACGUUAAAAACGACGACGUUGCCGAGAACAAUAUCAAAAACCGUUACAUUAAAAAUGCAAAACCUGUAGCUGCUGAUAAUAAAUAUAUCAAGGCUAAAUCUUUGUCUCCCGAUAAAACGAAACAGGAAGAUGUUUUAAAAGAGGAAACAGCUGAAGAAUCUAAAGAAGCCACAAACCAAAAAGGUCACAAUGUAACGUUUGAAAAUCUUAUUCGUCAGACGUCCAUAGACAACAGCAAUAAUUCUGCGAAGAUUUAUCACAGAAAGAGUUGUGGCGAUGAGCCUAAUAUUAAAGAUUUACAGAAGAAGAUAUCUGAUUCGGGCAAGAUUCCUUCCCAAGACGACAUCGAUAGGAUAUCUAAAGUGACAAUGGAUGCUCCGAUCCUGUCCAGUGAUACGGACAUGAAUUCUUUAGGGAAAAGAACUUUGGAUAGUUUGAUGGAGAUUGAGAGGAAGAGAUUGGAAAUGUUGGAAGAACAAGGAUGCCAAGUGAUAGAAAACGAAAGGGAGAAGAUAUCGGAACUGAAACGUCGUGUCCAAGACGAGACCAAAAAGCUUUGGGACCAGAAGUACCGCUCUGAGCAGUCCAAGUCAUUCGACGAAAGCUACCAUAGUACGAACAACUUCGAUAUCAGAAGCGACAGUGGAAGAAACUUCGACAGGCCCGAAGACACUAGCCUUAUUGACGAUAGCUUCAUGAAUUCCAGCAUGUUCGAAGAUAGUUCGGGGCUUAUGUCAUCGUCGAUCGAGGAGUUGCAAGUGCGGCAUUCCCGUGGCGAUUCGUCAGAGGACAAACUCAGCGAUGACAGCAGACCGCUCAGCCACGCCUCCGACCUCAGUCGGGACAAUAUAUUAUCAUUGGCCAACGCGCCUCGUCGCAGCCGGCGCGGCGUGGCGCCAUGCAUCGACGCUCAGCGGCCGCUCACGAGAUACCUGCCCGUCGACCGGGAUGACUUCGAUCUUCGGAGACACGUCGAAACAGCGGGUCAUCAGAUUGAGUUGUGCCCCUACGUGAGCGUGAAUUCCACAUCAUGUCGCGGCUAUUUGCUCAAACUAGGUGCCAAGUUCCACUCGUGGUCCAAAAGGUGGUUCGUUUUUGAUAGAGAAUCGAAAACGUUCGUAUACUACUGGGACAAGGGUGAGAAGAAGCCGCGGGGCGGCGCUUACUUCCAAGUGAUAGAAGAAGUUUAUCUAGACCACGGAAACACAUCCAAAUCUCCGAAUCCUUCUACAACAUUCAUAGUGAAGACCCGACAACGACGAUACUAUCUAAUGGCGCCAUCUGGCGAAGCUGCCCGGAUAUGGAUCGAUGUCAUAUUUACUGGGGCACAAGGAUAUACGGAAUAUUUAGAGUGAAACAUUGGAAACUGGACACUAUUCUAAAGGAAAUAAGAGUGAAAAUCAGUAUGGAUCGACAGGGGCACAAGGUAACACGGAAUAUUUGGAGUGAAACAUUGGAAACUGGACACUAUACAACAGGAGAUAAGAUUGAAAACAAUGUUGUCAUCGACCGUUGGUUUUGCUUAAUUUAAAAGCCCUAACAGUUUUUAAAUAUCCACUAAUUAAAUGAAAAUUAAAAAUGUAUGGUAUCGUAAUAUGAUGAAAACUACCUAAAUUGGUUUCUUAAAGAGGUCGAUAAUAAUUUGUCAAUUAUUUGUAUUUUACUUUGCUGCUACAUCCUUAUAUUAAAUUUCAAAAAGAAGAAAUUUUAAUAUGAAUCUGUAUUCUGGAGUAAUUUUUGAUAUCCAGGCUUAUACAAUAGUAGUUAAUUGGAAAAUGCCUCUUGAACUAACUUUGAAACUUUGUACCUAUAUAUUUUCACUUCGUUACACUUUGUAACAAAUUGAAACAUGUUGUUAUGCCAAUAUACAACAUAACUGCGUUGAUAUAAAGUUUAUUAUUCCAUUACACUACCCAAUGAAUCUUUAGUGCUGCUGAGCUUCUGGUGUUGCUAGUGUAGAAUUAUUUUUUUAAUGAUACACGAAAUGUUAUUUUUGUGAAAAUAAUAAACUUCCAGUGUUACUAGUACAAAAGUAUGUUUUUGAACUAAGUGGUAUUUUAGUUCUAAGCAUUUUGUAGAAAAUAAAGACAGCUUAGAAAUUUUUACUCUUGCGAAAGGGAAGUUAAUAUUAUGUUGAAUGGAGCCAAAUUUGAUAAAAAAAUUAAUCAUCGAUAAAAGAAUUUUUCCUUGUUUGUCUAUAAUAAAAAUCUAUCAAUAAUUUCUCGUACAAUAUAUAUAUAUAAAUAUUAUCUGUGUGUGUAAAAAGGUUAUUUAAAUAUAUAUUAUUCUUAUAGCAAGUAAUAUCAAAAUCAAAGGUUGUACCUUUUUUAUAUAUUAGCAAAAAUUACCAAUAAAAACAUAUUUACACAGUAACUAAAAAAUCACUAUUGACAAUAUUUUGACAAUUAAUUUGUGCCAAUAAUAUUGUACAAGGAAUAAAGAGGCAGCUAUUUUUAUAAUACAUUUAACCAAAAGUUGUUGGUGCCUUGUAAAAGACUGAAUGCUUACAAAAAAAAUUGACUUCUACCGCAGUUUAUACUUAUUUAAAGCGACUUAAGCAAUGAUAUUUACGAUUGAUAUAAAUGUGUGUAAUAAAUAUCGUUGGACUUAUAAGACGCGACUAUAUAAAUCAAGAUAUACCUACUUCGAGUAAGCAUGAUAAAGAAAAUGGUUAUGAUUGAAACUAUUUCUAUCCCAAAACCUGAAGCCGAUUUUUAUUUCAACGAUUUCAAUAAAAUGAUUGUUUUACAAUCUUUACACAAUAUCCUAAUUGUUUUUGGAUGGAGCAUGUAUGAAAAAAAGAUAAUUUUGCACGUAUAUCGUAUGUAUGAAUCAAUGUUACCAUAUUUUAAUUUUUAAAUAACAAUUCUACUAUUCUCGUAAUUUUUAAUAUGGUAACACAAUUUAUAUAUGUAUGUUACCGUAUUAUUUUACAUUAUAAAUAUACUAAAGCGUAGGUAUAUUUAUUUUGUUUAGUUUCCUUUAGGAUGUUAGUUUACUUGCAAUUUUCGAGUCUGUUGACUGAUAAUGUAAGUCUAAUAUAUUAAUGAAAAGAUCUUUGUGAGAAAUUAUUAUACACUUAUUAUACUAUAUAUUGUAUGAUAACUUUACCAAUUUUAACUGUAAUUAUAAAUAGCUUGUUUAAUAAGUACAAAUUUGUGAUUUGUGUUUUGUUGAAAUACCAGUUUAUAAAUAUAUUUUAAAAGUUGGAAUGUGUCGUGUAAGUGCAAGUAAUGGUUGAUACCAAUAAUAUGAAUAUUUUAAGGUCACAAUUUAUUAUUAACCAGGCGAAUAAUAAAAAGUAUUUUAAACAA